GAAGCAGCGUUAUUCCUUUUUGUACCUCGUCGUCGUUCUCCGCUUCCGCUGCGUCGAUUUGUGUGCCUGUGUGCGGAGGCAACUGAAACCACCUUUAGCACCGGAAAGCCGUUCAGACGGUGACCCACUGUUUCUAUCUCUACACCCCCUUUUUUUUUUGCAGAGUGUGGACUGCUCUACCCAGUCAAACGAGCUGCCAAUGCUACGCCGCUGCGGGCCGUCGUCGCCCCGGUCGCUGCUGCUCGCCCCCGUGUUCUGCCGGAUUGUGGACGCGAUGCGAAAGAACGACCCGUACGCCCGCCCCGGUAUUCUCUACCCGAUCCGCGUAGAGCUCGGCAAUGGCGUGGAGCAGUGCACGCCGGCGGAGCUGCAGGAGAAAAUCGACGCGAUGCUCUCGCGCUCGCAGCGCUUUGCGACGGUGAAGUCGGGCCAGGUUUACACCCGCAACAACACGGUUGCGACGGAGGUGCGCGCCUACGGGCAGUACGUGGUCACCGGGAACAUGCGCGGCGGCUACGUGAAGGGCGAUCACCGCUAUGGACCGCGGCUGACGGGGUACGGUGGUGCCACCACAAAGCCGGGUUUGCGCUGGAAUGGAGAAGAUCUGUAG